GGGGAAGCACGAUGGUGCUGUCAGUCUCGUUAACGUAUGGACGAUAACGCAAAAUACUGUGGGAUGAGUUGAACAUCUCAAGGACACAUUGGCACUGAUACUCAAAAAAUCAUGUAACCAUACUCUGCCAUGAGUGGCCAAGACCUUCAAGAGCACUCUUACGUGAAGGUGCUCUACGACUUUCAGUACAAAACCGCCGAAGGUCGUGAGAUCGCCAUAAAGAAAAAUGAGCGUCUCUACCUUCUACAGAAGACAAACGCCGACUGGUGGCAGGUGGUGCGAACCUGGGAGCAGCGCUCCUUCUACGUUCCUGCGACUUACGUCCGGGAAAUAUCGAAGACCUCCCGCAAGAACUCGGACGAGGAACGGGACGGCACCUUUGAGCCGCCAGACCACCCGAAAUACAAGAGUAUGCCGAAGGAGAGUCACUCAAGUGCCAUGAAGAACGUUAAAAAAUGGCUGGUGAACGCAAUGGAUACUAAACAAGAAUCCUCCAAGCAUUCCUUCAUAGACGACUCAUACAAGCACAACGCUAUGGAUUACCAGUCCCGUGCUGAGCUAAAGGUCGGUUUAGCAGCUAUAAAAUCAAAAUCCCUCGAGCGCGAUAGAAAAUACGGGCAGAGUUUCGACGAAACAUCCAAAGAAUCCACGAAGGAGCGAAAACAGUCCAAAGAAGCUCUGACAAAACUUCCAGAAGAGAGCGCUUCCCCAAAACCACUGACAAAAAGUUUCUCAACAAGCCCAAAAUCCUUUGACAUUCCCUCCAGGAUGGAGAUGUCCCUUCAGGACCCUUUCCGAAAGGAACUCAAGAGUUCUCUCGACCGUCGGCGUAAAAUCUCCGACAACACAGACUUCGACAAACUAAUAAACCAAAACAAAGAGGAAACAAAAAACCGAAGAAUUCGAACUCGAUCAUCUCGAUCAGACGACUCCCAGAUAGACAGCGAUUACGACGACAAAUUCGAUCGUAGGAAAUUCGAAAAGCCCCACAAUCUGGAGGAACCCAUCAGCAAAAACAGGAACAGCAGAAGUCUGGAGCUGGAAGCACACCAGUUCCAGAGGACCGAGAGGAGCCUGAGCCCGAAGCCCACGUAUGGAAGACAGCUGACGAUAGCUGGACAGAUACCCUCUGAUAACGACGAGGACGAUCACAGGAUUCUCAACGAUAAACGAAGAACUUGGGCUGUGGAGGAGCUCAUGUCAGAGCUAACUCAAAUGUGCAAAGAGAGAGGAAGCAACAAGAAACCAAGCAUUCAGAUUAAAAGUACAGAGAUAAAGAGUUUCGAUCCCCUCGACAAACUGACCCAAGAGCUCCACGAGAUGAAUCUUCUCAAGUCCGAGGGUCACACACCAACGACCCCAGGUGACUUCAAGUCCAGCUCCCCCAUGAACAUCUGCAAGAUCUCCAUAAACUCAGAGGAGAACAGUCCCGAGCACAAACUCACUGCUCCCCUCGAGGACGACGAAACCUCCAACAUAUCCGAGACAUCAGACAUCUCCACCGAGAACUCACAAUCAAAACCCUCUAGACACCGCAAAAAGUCCCCAAAAUCCGCAUUCACCUUCAAGAAAACCGACGCCAUAAUCUCGACGAAGCCAUUGCGUUCGCCAAAGUCCCCAAAGAUACUGGACGAGUACAAUGAGGCGAACAUUCUCAACGACGUUUCCCCCGAUGAGUUGCUCGAUGACGCUCGAUCGUUAUCUCGAGAUAAGCCUGUGUCGAGUCACUACCCAGAGCCGAUCCACUCGAGUUCUGACGCCAUCGAGAAACCAUGUUACUCGAACAUCAAGCCCCAGAACCCCGAGAAAGUGAGAAUGCGGCCAAAAUUGAAGAUAAAACCGAUGGACACUAGCAGUGAAUUGAAGUUGACACCAUCGUUGGAGAAAUUGGCGAGUGAGAUUAAGUUUCAGCCAGCUAAACGGACUAGUGAAAUUGGUGAGACUAAGAUGAGUGAGAGUUUGAGUGACGAGGGCCAUUACGAUGACAGUGGAAUACAGGAGGGUGUUGACAAGUCUGACGACUCGUGGAGUCGACUGGAUCCCCCAGAGCCGACCAAGGAUUACGCUAAAUUCAGGCAUAAGCUUGAGUACACAGGGAGCUUUAAGACGAAACGAGAGGGCAAGUAUUUUCGACGAAGGGAGGAGGACUCUGACGACGAUGACGAGGAGAGUUGGAAGAGGGGAUUGAAGAAGAGCUCGACGAUGUGCUGUGCAACGAUACCUGACGCCUAUCGUCGGUUCAGGAGGGAGAGUGAUAUCAGUUCGUUGGCAGCGAUGUCGAAUAAACGGAGGAGUCGAAGCUUGGGGGACUUGCACUGCCUGGAGGAGGAUGAGGAUGAUCCUCCGGAGGUGUUCAGCCCCAAGAAGGAGACUGUCAGCAAGCCUGUGCCUCUUCCGAGGACCAAGUUGCCUGCCACGUUGGAUAAGAUCGAGGGGAAGGUUAUGCCUUUGCCGAGGAGGAUUCAUAAGCGCGAGGAGGUGUUCUCUGAGGAUGACGUGUGGGUGCCCAGGACUGAUGUCUUCAGAAAUGCUAAGAUUGGACCUGGGGAUAUUAACAUCGAAUCUAGCACUGCCGUUGGGUUUAAGACGCUUCUGUGUACGUCUGACAGUGGAUCUGAUAAUUGUUUGCAGUCGAAGGAGUUGUUGUCCAGUACUGAUGGUCUGGAUGACAGUCGAGGGGGCAGGGCUAACAGGAAGAUGAGUGAUGUGGGGGCGAGGAGGGAGGGGGGCGAGGGAAAGAUCAGGGAGAGUGGAUCUGAUGAGCAGGUUCUCAGCUCCAAUGCCAGCUCGGAGGCACUGCAGAGCCAAUCGGAGUCGGAGGUCACUGCUGCUUUUGAAGGGUCGUCACAGCCGAGUCCUGUACAUCGGGGUGGCGAGGAGGGCUACGAGUGCGCUAUCGAUCUGCCUCCUGGGUGGAUCCAGAAGUUUGAUGAUAUCACUGAACAGAUCUGCUUUGUUAAUGAGGCGGGGGAUAGGUGGUUUUCAUCAAACGAUGCAGAGGGUAAAAUCUACUUUUUCGAAGAGAACAGCAACGAAUCAUCAUGGGUUCUCCCCACAAUUUCCCCUGGAAAAUCUCUCCCAAAGACAGUGCUCCAGAGUGAAGAGAAGCUUGAUAGAAACAGUAUUUCAACGAACGAUGUAUCCCUGACAAAAAAUACAUCGAGUACGUCACUCCCUGCGAGUCAGGGUCUGGCGAAUCGUGAUCUACCAUCGAAGAAAUCAGGAACGUCCCUGAAUGACUGGCCCCAGCUAUUCGAUGGCAACAUGAGAGUACUGAAAGAGGGUGUGAUAAGCCGAACUAAAAUAACGGAAAAUGGAAAGAAACUGAGAAAGAACUGGAGCACUUCGUACGCUGUUCUGACAGAAUUAUUUUUAUUAUUUUUCAAAGACGCCAAGACAUUCACAACUGUGAUGAAGAGUGGCCAGUCAUCGGUGGUGGCCAAGCCCGAUAUAUCUGUUGAUCUUAAUGGGGCGUUAAUUGAACCCGGGGAGAGAGCUAGUAGUAGGAAAAAUGUGUAUAUGAUUAGCACUGUUCUGGGACUCCAAGUGCUCAUUCAGAGUGAUAAUACUGCAUUGGCUGCUGAAUGGUUCCAGGAGAUUCAUGGAGUUAUCAGGAAAUUGCCAUCCAGUUCUCAAUCACAAGCAAAGCCCUUCGCCGGUCCAGCUCCAGAGAUGCGCAAGACCAGUAACAGUAAAUCCCCGGGGGAUUCCAAGGUUUCAGAAGAGUCGAAACGAUCUUCGAAGAUUGCUCGAUCGAGGUCGAUGAAGAUGAAGGGACUCGAUGAUUCACUGGAGGAUCUCAGCGGGACUGUUGCUGAGAGGCAGACGAAAAUCAAGGCGAAAUUACGGAGGUUCUUCCUGAGGCGGCCCACUGUUGAAUCUCUAGUUAAAAAUGGAAUUUAUAAAGAUGAACCAGCAUUCGGUUCAUAUCUCGCCGACGUAUGUCCCCCCGAGCAUCCCCGCGUUCCCGUAUUCGUAAAAACCUGCAUCGAAGUGCUGGAGAGUAACGAGGACAACAUGAAGACUGAUGGAUUAUACCGUGCGAGUGGUAACUUGAGUCAAAUCCAAAAAAUUCGUCUUCAAGUUGAUCAAUACAAACUCAGUGUUCUGUCCCAAGAGGAGGAUGUCCACGUGCUCACAGGUGCCCUUAAACUAUUCUUUCGUGAAUUGAAAGAGCCCCUCAUACCAUCGAGUUUCUUCAAAGAGGCAUUAAACGCCAGUAUGCUUAAGAAAACAUCAGCCAAGAUUCAGUGUUUUCGGGAGAUAGUUAAGGCUUUACCACCACCCAAUUACGAUACACUUCAAUUUCUACUGAAACAUCUGCUGAAAGUCACCUCUUAUCAGGAGUACAACAGAAUGCAUAUACCAAAUUUGGCUAUUGUAUUUGGUCCUACGCUGAUGUGGCCAGCUGAGGAGAGUGCAAACAUGGCUUUAGAUCUUAUGCAACAGAAUUUAGUUAUCGAAUGCCUUUUGUCCGAGUACAAUAAGAUAUUCAAAUAGAUUUUAAAAAACAAUUUAACGAAAUAAAUGAAAUUAUUUAUUUUUAGAUGAUUGCCGGUUGAUUGAACGUGAAAGUAUGAUUAAAUCAUUCAUUCGGUUGAGUGAUUUUUUCAUCGAGGGGAGUAGAGAAAUGAUCAUAUUUUUUUUUUAAUACUCUCAGAGUUUACGUUUUCAACACUACUCAAAAAUACCUUUGAUUAUUCUGUCAGAAUUUUUCAUCGAUUGUGAGACACAUUUAUGGGAUUAUAAUUAUCGUUAAACGUGAGGAAAAUAUAUUUUUGAGAUUUUAAACGUGAAAUUUAAUUACGUGUUUGGAUUUCGAUGAAUUUCUCUACUCCACUCGAUCGAAAAUUUAUGAUUUGUUUCAUUUAUCCGAUGAAAAUCAUUCCAAUUUCAAAGCUAGAACUCCCUAUGUUGAGUGUUGUUCGAGAGCCAAGUAUUUUUUUAGAUUAAAGAUUUAAUAAUGAGAAUUAUAAUAACUCGAAUGGGAGUUAUUAACUAACGAAUUCCCUGAUUCGUUAAAAUUCCGCGUAUUCCUUAUUUAAUUAUCGGAAUUCCUGCGAAACCUACAAAAAUGAAAACUCAUGCACAAAAAUUAUAAAAUUAAUUUUUUUAUCUAGUUGACGAGGAGAAAAAUUGAUAUAUUUAAAGAAAUGUGAAUACACGUUAACAGCUCGAUUGUAAUUUAUGUAAAUAUCUGAUUAAAAAAUAUUUUAUUGAUAGACCAUCAAACUCUUGGACAGGUGAGACGUGAAUUUUAAUUGAAAAUUACACUAGCAUCACAUUUGAGAUUUAUUUUUGACGUUGUUAUCGUGAGAAAUGAAGGGCCCGAUGGAAUUUUCCUGUGCCUGCACACACAUUCCCAAUUGCUAUCGUCGAAAUACUGUUCAGGAAGUCUUGAUAAUUCACGAAAAUACCAUGCACGUUUAUUCGUAUCUGACAUGUUCUUCAUACUGUAACAAAUCGAAAAUCAUUUGAAAUUUUUCAUCUGUUUUUCUUAUUAUUUCUCUGAUUGGAACCAAAAACAAACGUAAAGACGAAGUAUAGGAGAUAUAGGAGGAUGCAAUCUAGAGAUUUAGGUUCAGAGAGGGAUGAGUGAUAAAUCAGUAGGAAAGUGAUGAAAUGAUAAUUUAUAUCGACAGAGAUCUUCAAUUUAAUUAUCUUGUUAAUGAGGGGUUCAAGAGGGCUUUAUCUGGAUGCAUUUUUGUUAAAAAAUCGUUCUACGAUUAACAAAAAAAUAUCUUGACGUCUUUCUAUUCACUGGUAGAAAAUAUAACAUGAUUUUUCAAGUAAAAAUUGUUAGUUUAUCAACUGAUUUGAAUGAAAUUUUAUUAUAUUUUACCCAAUAAUAGUAUUUUCUUUUUUUUUAUUUAACGAACACUUGACAUGAUAAUGAAAAUUUAGGCAACUAUCAUUUGGAAUUUUCGAAUUGUUGAAGAUUCCGUUGGCAAUGGAUUCUCAUAUGAAUAAAAAAUAUAAAUAAUUGAAUUUUAAACUCAAUUCAAAGCUGCAAUAUUUAAAAUUAGUGUGAGACUUCCAAAUCAAUUUCAAUUAAUUUCUGCCAGUGUCAAAUCUCUCGUUCUGAGAAUAAUUGAUUUAUCAUUGUUACUGUUAGUAAUAUUUUGAUAAAUUUCAUUUUUUUUUCUUUUUUUUUAUUCAAUGAACACUUGACGUGAUGCUAAAAAUUCAGGCAACUAUUAUUUGAAAUUUCCAAAUUGUUGAAGAUUGCAUUGGCAAUGGAGUCUCAUAUGAAUAAAAAAUAUAAAAUAAUUUAAUUUUAAACUCGAUCGGCGUGAAACUUUCAAUUCAAUUUCAAUUAAUUUCUACCAGUGUAAAAUCUCUUGUUCUGGGAAUAAUUGCAUAAUUAUCGAUAAUUUCACCAAUCAACUACUGAAACAAUUAAUUUAUCAUUGUUACUGUUAGUGCCAUGGCAGAUGCCAUUGGUUAAAGUUUUCAGAUGUAAUAUUUUCGAUGAAUUUCAACGUGUCCAUGACGUUGAUAAUUAUUAACCCUUAAAUUCUUUAAUUAAUUCUCAAAUAAAUUAAUGAACGAAAUUUAACUGAAUGAAAUGAUUGAUUGAUGUCAAAUUCAAGGGAAUAAAAUUGAUAACUGCGUUCUUCAAGUGAAUCCUGAUGUUAGAAAUAAUGAAUAGUUGCCUUAGUGGUUGUUUCAGCAUUAAAGAAUUACUCCGGUUCAGUGUAGCAUCUGUGAAUUUCUUCACAUUUAUUGUAAUGACAGAAAAAUUAUUAAAGGAGAGAUAUAUGGUGGUAUUGUUCUUAUAUAUCGGUUCGACAGAAUGGAAAAAUUUAUUGAAAUGUUCGAUAGAUCGUGAGCUAUAUUUAUUUUUUAUAAACGAUUAUAUCGUGAUUGGGAUUGGAGAGGGCAAGUGAAAUGAAAAGGACAGGAGUGAUAAUGGAAUGAUAAUGGAUAGCCAAUUUAACGAAUCCUGCUAAAAACAAUCCUAUGAUAUUUUAUUUCUCUUGAUUCUCUCAUGCAUGUCUAGAGGAAGGAAAAUAGGUGUUUUAAAAUGAAUAAAAAUAAUUCUCAUUUCGCUUCUAAUACUUCCAUUCCAGUGUAAUGAGGAAUUAAUAUUUCAUGAGUGUAUUUCUAAAAAAACAAGGAAAAGUGUGAUAGAUCGUUUCAUUAGCACAUGAAUCAAUCGUAUUCGAUCCAGUUUUAGGUUUUCAAAUUCUCAGAGAAUAUAAAAAAAGAAUUAUCAACGUUUUAGAGCUAAGACUGUCGAUUAAAUAUAUGAGUAACAUCCAACAAAAUGUGUGGCAAGUAUUAGAUGAAUAACGAAACAAAUAAAUGAUAAAGUAAUGGUCCCAUAGCUUCCAUUAGUUUUUGAGUUAUAAAUCAAUGGAAUACGAAAAGAUUAAAUAACUGUAAUCGUUAAAUUCGUGCUUGAGAGUUUAAACGUGCAACCAAACCUGAAGAAAACCCAUAAGAAAUAUAAAUUUAAAUAAUUGAAGAUACGAUGAAUCAGAUUUUAUAAAUAUGGAUCAUUAGAAUGAAAAAUAUCAAUUAUUUUUAUUGAAAAUUUUACUUACGUUCUUUGUUUCAUGGCUUGAGGUGAGAUUUGUUAGUUAAUUGAAUGCGUUAUAUUUUGUAUUGAUUAAAAAACUUUGUACCAAGAAAAGUUUUUGUCCUUUUUUUUAGAAUCCAUUUUUCAGAUUGUUUUGAAUUGUAUUGUGUUACGAUGUAGCGUUUUUAUUGUACAUAAAGAGUGUGCAGUACAUAUACUCGGAAUAAAAGUUAUAUUUAUUGUUAUUAAA